AUGAAGCUCCCUAUAUCUCUCGUUUUUGUGUUGCCAUACCUUACGCCCGCUCAUCCCAUCAUCGUCGAGCACACCGAAAUUCCUAAUCGUCCAAUUCAAACCCACGACGAUCCGAUCCACGCCCUUCAUCCUCGCGACAGCGUAACCGUCGGGAUCAUGAGCUCGUUCUCCAAUUCCACUGUUACAAACACACAGAAUAAUGCCAAUGGAAAAUUCAAAGUUGUCAAUAAUGCAAACAACGCAAACAUCGCCAUGGACGACAAUUCGAAUCACACCGCUGACUUCCACUCCUUUGGCGACAAGAUCAUGCUAAAUUCUACUGGAAGCAAUACAGGCGGUUGGAACUCGAAGAAUCGGGAUACAAAUCUGACAACCAGUCACAAGGAGAAGCGGGCGAGUGAGCAGAAGCUGCUUGAGGCGAAGGCAAAGAACUCCAGUAAAGAUCGUCGCUUCAGAAAUUUCGGAGCAAGGCAGACCAGAGACGGAUAUCGAUGGGAUGGCAACAUGCCCUCCGGCAGACCUGGUGCGGCUAAAAAUCGGAAUGCUGCAGAUUGCGAACCCAUUGGCUAUGCAUACCUUGCAGAGCAAUGCGUGCCUACUACGAGAACAAAAUCCAAGUCGAACAAGUCAGCCAAGCCCAACUCAACCAAUUCAGCCUUGAACAAGAGAGAUUAG